AAGAAAGGCAAGAUGUGCAAAGGACUUGCUGCUCUGCCCGCCACUUGCUUGAGGAGUGCAAAGGACAUGAAGCAUCGCCUAGGAUUCUUGCUCCAGAAGACAGAUUCCUGUGAUCAAAAUUCUUCCCAUAGCAAGAAGGAGAAAGCAUCUUCUUCUCAGAGGGUGAGCCAUGAGGAAGUCAAGAAGUGGGCUGAAUCCUUGGAAAACCUAAUUAGUCAUGAUUGUGAAUCUGGAUUCCUGUACACGGGAGGAGACAAGCCGGAACAUGCUGGAGCCUACAAUAACCUGCUUUGAUGAAGCCCAGAAAAAAAUCUUCAAUCUCAUGGAGAAGGAUUCCUAUCGCCGUUUCCUCAAGUCCCGAUUCUAUCUCGAC